CGGGCGCCUUAAUCAAAGUCUACUAGUGCACGUGCAUCAUAUGCCGAGCCAGCGAGCAGCUGCAGAAAAAUUAACUGUGGAUGAGAUUCUGAAGACUUUUACAGAUUCAUUGGCAAUAUUAAUAAAGCUGAUAAAGUAUUUACCGUAGGUGUGUUCAGUUGGCAUCGUUUCAAUAUCUGCACACUUUUUAGGCCACCCUAAGCCUUAUCGCAAAUACAGCAUAGGUUGUGUGAAGGAAAAGGGCAAACUUUGCCCUUUUUUUCUUCCCACGGUGCCUUAUUCUACCAUUGUGCAAAAUCACUCAUGUGGUAUUUGAUGACUUCAAUUUACUACAGCCUGACUUCAACUUAAAAGAGUUCAAGCAUUGAUCCAAAAACAUAUAGGCACAUAACACACGGUCUGCUCAGUCUGCACUGGGAACUUGCGCACUUUUUCCUGCAGCCAAAGGUUUUUUAACCAGCGCGAAGGAAUUAAAUUUGUUAUUCUUGCAAUUGGAAAAACAAGGGAACUAGCUCCCUAAGUCCCAUAAAUGAAAGGAACAGGGCCCUACCCACCACUGGAGAGUGACAACAGUGACGGGAAUCCGGAUCAAGAGAAGGAAGAAAGAGCCCUGAAUGGAGAUGGGGUGGAAAGGGCCGACAAUGGGAGCGAGAUGUGUUCAAUCCCAGAGCGAGGCAAUUGGACCAACAAGCUGGACUUCAUUCUGUCGUGUGUCGGGUAUGCCGUGGGAUUGGGGAAUAUCUGGCGGUUCCCUUAUCUCUGCUACAAAAAUGGUGGUGGUGCUUUUCUGAUCCCGUACUUUCUUUGCCUGCUGAUGUCAGGCAUCCCCAUGUUUCUUCUGGAAAUCACCCUGGGCCAGUUCAUGGCAAGGGGCUGUAUAAUGAGUUGGCAGAUAUGUCCACUCUUCCAAGGGGUCGGUUAUGCAACGACUGUGAUCUGCACUUUCUGCAACCAGUAUUACGUAACCAUCCUAGCUUGGGCACUGUAUUACUUCUUCAAGUCCUUCACCACAGAGGUACCCUGGGCCACCUGUGGGAACCCUUGGAAUACCGAGCAAUGCAUAGAGUCCAAAGAAGAGGGCUCUGUAGGUCCCUGCCUGAACUACACUUACAAUCUCACCAAUGAAACCGACUACAUAGACUACGCGCUGUUCGAUGUUCCGGAAGAUGGGAAUCUCACAGACUUUAAUACCACACUGCUGCCCUAUUGCUACAAUGCAACGGAUACCCGUGUGUCCUCCUCACAGGAGUUCUGGGAGAAUAAAGUGUUGCAACUGUCAGGAGGACUUGAUGAAAUUGGAACACUGGUCUGGCCACUGGUGCUGUGCCUUCUGUUGGCCUGGGUCCUCGUGUACUUUAUUGUAUGGAAAGGGGUUAAAAGUUCAGGCAAGGUUGUGUACUUCACAGCCACUUUUCCAUAUGUGGUGCUGACCAUCAUGCUUAUCCGUGGUGUGACGCUCCCUGGGGCUGGCACAGGGCUGCUGUUCUACCUUCAACCAGACAUAUCACGCCUGAGAGAUCCCCAGGUUUGGAUUGAUGCAGGCUCUCAGAUAUUCUACUCUUAUGCCGUGGGCUUUGGCACUCUGACUGCUCUAGGGAGCUACAAUAAAUUCCACAAUAACUGUUACAGAGAUACACUGAUAGUCACCGCCAUUGGCUGCUGCACCAGCAUAUACGGGGGCCUGGUCAUCUUUUCUGUCUUGGGGUUCAUGGCAUAUGAGCAAGAUGUAUCCGUAGGAGAAGUGUCGGAUGGAGGUCCAGGACUUGCCUUCAUCGCAUACCCCAAGGCACUCUCUCUGAUGCCAGGUGCCCCUUUCUGGUCUGUGCUCUUCUUUUUCAUGAUACUCUUGGUUGGGAUAGACAGUCAGUUUGUGGCGGUCGAGGGGCUGAUAACUGCCUUGGUGGACAUCUUUCCGCGUCAGCUCCGCGGCGGGCACCGCCGGGAAGUCUUCACACUGGUUGUCUGCUUCUUAACUUUCCUCUCGGGUCUCAUCUUUGUCACAAAUGGUGGAAUGUAUGUCUUCAAGCUUUAUGAUUAUUAUGCAGUCAGUUACCCGUUGUUUUUGAUCGGUGCCGUGGAAUCUGUAGUGAUAGCAUGGGUAUAUGGUGCCAACCGGUUCUAUGACAACAUGGAACACAUGAUGGGCGUCCGUCCCUUCAUUUGGUUCAAGAUCUGUUGGAAAUUCCUCGUACCUCUUGAAGCCACAGGCAUCUUUAUCUUUGCCAUAGUGAAGCACAAGCCGAUUGAAUACAACGGCUACGCCUACCCACCAUGGGGCACCUUCGUCGGUUGGGCACUUUCUCUCUUGUCGAUCAUGAUGAUACCCAUUACUUUCAUUGUGCUACUGCUGCGAUCCAAGGGGAGUUUAUGGGAGCGAUGGCACAUCUUGACCACGCCGCGCCUGCAAUCGCACCAGAUCCAACCCACCACCGAUACCCCUGUCAUCAUGGACUCUUUCAAAAAGUACCCCCUGGAGGAAGGCAACCUGACCGAGAAGGAACGGCUCAAGAGAGAGCUGUGUUGAAGUCGGGGGGAAUAAACUGAAUCAUGUAUAACAACGACUGGGUACUCCCCGUUUGAUGUGGCACAUACAAGUUCCCACAUACACCUGGGUGUGAUUGGUCCAUCCACAUGAUCAUGCCAUUGUGACUAUUUGGAAACAAUCUUCCGCACCCAAACUUUUUAAAAAUGCAUUUUUCCGAGCGUAAAAAUUACAGAUCAUACAGCAAGAUCGGGCGAUCGCGCGGAGAUCUAAAGAUUGACCAAUUAAGUUCAAAACACUGAUAACAGAGGGCGGUAUAUUGUGUGUUUGCAUUUGCAUUACUACAAGGCCAUCUUGAAUGGGGAAUUUAAAUUUGUACAAAAACAAUAGUUUUGGGUGUAUACACACUGUAGCUGUUAUUAAAAACUGAUGUAUAAUUAGCAUAUAAGCCUUGGCUUGGGUUCCAAUCCUUCUGUAAAUAUUUGGAAAAUACAGGCAAACACUGUCUCAGUUCAAGAAAUGCACAGUAGGACUGUGUCUUUUAACCCUAACACUCCUCAGUCGUCCAACAGGUGAAGGAUUGAGGAGGGUUCGGGUUAAUUUCUAUGUUGAACCGAGACAGGCUACAUCGCACACAACGUGGUCUGUUGCAAGCGUGCGAUAUUGCAUGUACUGUGUGCAAUCGUGCAAUGUACAUGUACAUGUAUGUACACUUUGCAUGUAGGCGUUUUGCCGAUGAUGUCAUCAAAUCAGCCUGGGAGCCCAAACGGCCAAAAGGGGAUUCGUUGUGGGAGGGGACACACAGGAUCUUUUUGUUCAUUUUGAGGUCACGAUUAAUGGGGUAAAUAUUGAAUUUAUGAUGUUUUUAAAAUGGUUAUGUAUUUACUGCUAGUUUGAAAUAAUUCAAGUGAACUAAAUGCUUUCAAUUUCUGUUAACCUUUAACUACUUGAUCAAUGCACUGAAGCGAGCUUUUGUCCUUAAAUACAGUGCAACUUCUCAAAUCAAUCUUUUACAACAGAACUUGCAAAAAAAGAAAAACAUCGUUAAGAAUAAAACACUGGGAUUCGAACCAAGAACACCUGCAAUACUAAUGCUUUUCCUUACCCACUACAGUAUACGCAAGCCAGCUUGACUGAUCUUUUUUUCCUUCUUUUGUGUCCAUGACAUCACAUGACACUGAAGCUGUUAUGUAACUCAGGUAAUCACGAAAUAUAUUUUGGCCCCAUUCCAAACGGGCGAAUUUCUAUAGAAGCCUCACUUGUCAAUAGCAGUGGAUAGCAAGAUCAGGGGAAGGGAGGACAUGGGGCAAGGCAAGGGGUACUAUACCCCCCUCCCCACAAGAACUAGAGAAAAGAACAAGCAACAUGUAAGGAAAAAAGGGGAAUAAAAAUUCUUUGAUAAUGCUGUGGAAAUGACUCUCAUCAUUGCUGGUUCGGCAGUUUGCAGGUGCUAAGUGCUUUUUCCUGCGCAUGGCUUGGAAAAAGCCAGCAAAUUGAUGUACAUGUAGUUUACCUCACACAAAAUUUAUGUUAGAAUCACUUUAUUCAGCUCUAAAUCCUGUUAAUCAGAUUUCAGGAUGUAAACUCAAUUUCUGCAUUUGGUUGUAUAUGUAUAUGGUAUGUCUUCCAAGUACUGUCUUGCAUACAUGCAUGUGUGGGGAAAAAAGUUUUUUUCAAGGUCUUCCAAAGUGCUCUAACUUUUAUUUUCUAAAAUGUGAGAUGAACUAUGUAUUGUGAAAUCCUUGUGAGUGAAGCAUUGUGUAUGCAGUGUGAAUUUACAUUGCCUACAGACAUUAAAUACUUGGAGUGGAACAAGCCAAGUUCAGGUCA